AUGGAGUCUGUUCACCAUGUGUCAACUUCUUCAAAGAUCCUUUUUGGCAAGGUCCGCAGGAUGGUGCCUCCAAUGCUCGAGAAAUUCCACAAAGGGCAACUGGGACGCGUGGCAGUCAUAGGAGGCUGCGCUGACUAUACUGGGGCCCCAUAUUUCUCUGCGAUGGCGUCAGCAAAGUUGGGCUGUGACAUGAGUCAUGUCCUCUGCGAGCGCUCUGCUGCAUCUGUUGUCAAAAGUUAUUCUCCAAACUUGAUGGUUCACCCGAUACUGCCAAGUACCGACUCAGUCAAGGAUCCCAAGUCAAUCAACGCGCCAGAACUGGCGCGCCCUAUCAUCUCCAUGCUUUCCCGUCUGCAUUCCCUGGUCAUCGGACCAGGUCUCGGCCGCGACGGGGUCACGCUCAAGGUUGUUGCAGAAGUGAUCAAGGAAGCACGAUCACAGUCAAUUCCAUUCGUCCUGGACGCUGAUGGAUUGCUUCUUGUCACCGAAGAUCCAGACCUGGUUAAAGGAUACCAAGAAUGUAUUCUGACACCCAACGUGGUCGAGUUUGGACGCCUCGCAAAAGCAUUGGGCAUUGAAGUCAAGAGCCAGGCAGACAUUGCAAAUGACGACAGCAACGGCCAGGGCGACAAAACAAGCAAAGAAUCAGAGGCGUGCGAGCGAUUGUCCAAGGCUCUGGGCGGCGUGACUAUUCUUCAAAAGGGACUCCAUGAUGUGAUCUCCAACGGAGUCACCAGUAUUAUCUCCGAUAUUAAGGGUGGUCUUAAGCGCAGCGGCGGUCAGGGAGAUACCCUGACCGGCUCGCUAGGGACAUUGCUGGCAUGGAGAGCGGCUUACCAUGAUAAAUUAUGGGAUUCGGGUGAGAAGGAUAAUGAGAAGGAGGCACAGAACAAGGAGGAUGUCCAGGCCGAGCUGGAGUCUGACGGCAAACGCAUGUCCCCAACAACCACUUUGCUUCUCGCUGCCUGGGCAGGCAGUUGUAUCACCCGAGAGUGCUCGCGGCAGGCCUUUGAGGCUAAAGGGCGGAGCAUGCAAGCCAGUGACUUGACCGAUGAGGUACAUCCUAGUUUUCUACGGCUGAUUGGAGAACCGGAAGGUUCCAAGACGCAUCUCUAG